UCUCGUUUGAAGUUUCUCUGCAAGUUUGGGAUUUAGGAGAUGAGCAGAUCAGCAAGUAUGGAACCCAAUCGGAAUAAGGAAGAACAACAGCCUUCAAAGAAAUGGUCCUUGCAAGAUUUCGAUAUCGGGAAGCCUAUUGGGAAAGGAAAGUUUGGGAGAGUCUACCUCGCCAGAGAGAAGAAGAGCAAAUGCAUAGUAGCACUCAAGGUUAUAUUCAAAGAGCAGAUUGAAAAGUACCGUCUUCACAACCAGCUGCGGAGGGAAAUGGAGAUACAGAGCAGUCUCAGUCAUCCCAAUGUUCUCCGUCUCUAUGGUUGGUUUCACGACGAAGAACGCAUAUUCUUGAUUCUUGAGUACGCUCAUAGGGGGGAGCUUUACGGAGAGCUUAGGAAGUCCGGCCACCUCUCAGAAAAGCAUGCCGCCACUUACAUUGCAAGCCUCACGCGAGCAUUGGCCUACUGCCACGACAAACAUGUAAUUCACCGGGACAUCAAGCCAGAGAACUUAUUGCUUGAUUUUGAGGGUCGACUCAAAAUUGCUGACUUUGGAUGGUCUGUCCAGUCCAGAAGCAAAAGACACACCAUGUGUGGAACUUUGGACUAUCUAGCUCCAGAAAUGGUAGAAAACAAAGCCCAUGAUUAUGCGGUUGAUAACUGGACUUUGGGAGUUCUUUGCUAUGAGUUCCUUUAUGGGGUCCCUCCAUUUGAGGCUGAGAGUCAGACCAACACGUUCAGAAGGAUAGUAAAAGUUGACUUGAGUUUCCCUCCUACCCCGUAUGUGUCUGCAGAAGCAAAAAAUCUCAUCAGUCGACUUCUUGUGAAGGACUCCACAAAAAGGCUUUCACUUCUGAAGAUCAUGGAGCAUCCUUGGAUCAUCAAGAAUGCAAACCCAACUGGUACUUGCAUUGAGUAGCAUUGUGUAUUGUUACCUAGGCACUUCAAUUCUCUGGUUUUUAGUUGUGCUGACAAUUGGACUAAUGAUAUAGAUGACGCAUCAAAUACAGCCAGAACUGCGUAGUAACAUUGUAUAGUGUCUUUGGUGCUGUAAUCUAACUAGCCCAUUCGGGAUUCGUAUUUCAUGUAUUGGCCCUUCAACUAUUGAGUUUGUCUUCAAAUCAUUCUCAUUUACCUCACUCUUCGAGGCUUCACAUUGUCCUUUUAAAGAAUCCAAAUUUUAACAAAGUCUUAUGCUCAUUGGUGGCCCCAUUUGUCU